AUGAAGCUUUGGAGUAAAUCAAUUCCAACUAUAUUCAAUUCACUUGGAGCGAAAUCAAUUAUAUCAAAGACUACUGAAAAUUUAAGAACAGAUAUUAGAGCCAUGUCCACCCAAAUUCCAACUACCCAAAAAGCCAUCAGAAUUCACGAAACUGGGGGUUUAGAAGUUUUGAGAUAUGAAGAUAUCCCAGUACCAGAAAUCCAAGAUCAUGAAGUUUUGAUUAAAAACAAAUACGCAGGUAUCAAUUUCAUUGAAUCAUACUUUAGAACUGGUCUUUAUCCUUCACAAAAACCUUAUACACUAGGAAGAGAAGCUGUUGGUGUUAUUGUUUCUAAAGGUUCUAAAGUCCAAGAUUUUGAUGUUGGUGAUUAUAUUUCAUAUUUAUCAGCGUCAACAUUUGCUCAAUAUACCAAGUUUGAUCCUUCAAUAAGAGCUUUCAAAUUACCAAAAGAGUCGACUGAUGAGAAAUUGAAACAAUAUGCUGCUUUGCCGGUUCAAGGGUUCACUGCAUUAACUUUCAUCAAUGAGUCUUAUAAUGUCCAGAAGGGAGAUUAUAUAUUAGUCCAUGCAGCAGCUGGUGGUGUUGGGUUAAUUUUGACUCAAUUAAUCAAAGCUCGUGGAGCUCAUGUCAUUGCCACAGCUUCAUCUGAUGAGAAAUUGAAAUUGGCCAAAGAGAAUGGGGCAGAGUUUUUAAUUAACUCUAAGACAGAAGAUAUUGUUAAAAAAGUCCUAGAAUAUACUAACGGUAAAGGUGUUGCUUCUAGUUUUGAUGGUGUUGGAAAAGAUACCUUUCAAAUUUCUUUGGACUCUUUAGCUAGAAAAGGUACUUUGGUUUCAUUUGGUAACGCGUCAGGAGCUGUUGAACCAGUUCCAUUGACAAAAUUGACACCAAAAAAUUUAAAAUUAUUAAGACCAACUUUAUUCAAUUAUAUCGUGGAAAAAGAGGAAUGGGAAUUUUAUUCGAAUCAACUGAGAGAGCUUGUUGAAUCUGGUGAAUUGAAUUUGAGAAUUGAAAAAACUUAUCCUUUGAGCAAUUACUCUCAGGCUGCUGAAGAUUUGGAAGGAAGAAAAACUACUGGUAAAUUAUUUUUGGAAAUCCCGCAGUAA